GGCGGGGAAGCGUCACUGCCGCCGCUGCUGCUGAAGUGUUACCGGCGUUAGUGCUCCUCCGCUGAAGAGGCAUUUUAUCACUCUUCCUCCCCCCCUUUCGCUCCUCUCCUCAUCCGACCAGCGGGGAGCCUGAGGGAUACAGACAGAGAGCUAAACACAGAGGGUUUAUGCACACAAACACACACGCUGGCUGGCUGGCUGCUCUUCUGACGGGCUCCCGCACACCUCUCGUCUUCCCUCACUUUCCUCUCCCGUCUUGAUGUCCUGUCCUCACCUCCAUGACCACUUGUAAAUCUGUGACACACAGAAAGGGAGAAAAGUGAGAGAAGGGGGCGAAGAAAGUGAAGGAAAAGAGAGAUUUUUCUUUCCCACAUACGCUCGCUGUCACGUUGUGAAGUCCUCCAGGGGAGUGUGCAGACAUCCAAAGCUGCCAAACACACACAAACACACGCUUGCUCUCACACAGAGACUCGGUCUAAAUGCGUACUCCUACAGGUGCUGAGGGAGGCAGGUGAAAACCAGGUGGAAAGGAAACCUAAACCGAGACAGACAUUUGGAGGAAAAGCAGCCGGGGUGCGAUGGAGCAGCAGGAGUUCAAGUUGGAUGACGGCAGAAAGCACAGGCAGUAGGCUGCCAACAUGGCCAUUCCCAGGGGACAUCCUCCUCCCUCUCCUUGGCCUCCUCUCUUCCUCCUCCUCCUCUUCCUCCUCCUCCUCAUCUCCUCCCCGCUCCCCCUGCAGGCCCGGCCGCUCCUCCUCCACCCGUCCAUCAACGUGGCGGUGGUGUUCAGCGGCUCCAGCUACCAGAAUGAGGUCAGAGGUCGUCUCAGCGGGGAAAACUUUGUCGACCUGCCUGUGGUGGUCAGCCCGGUGACCGUGCUGGUCAACGACACCAACCCCCGCGACCUGCUGACACGCCUCUGCGACACCAUGGCAACGGAGAAGCUUCACGGUGUGGUGUUCGAGGAUGAUGUGGGCUCUGGUGCUGACGCUCAGGUGGCAGAAGUAGCACAGAUCCUGGACUUCCUCUCCACUCAGACAGCUCUACCAAUUGUGGGCAUCAGCGGCGGCUCUGCAGUUGUCAUACCGUACAAGGCUGAGGGGUCCUCCUUCCUGCAGAUGGGAGCGUCUCUGGAGCAGCAGAUUGUCUGCAUGUUCAAGCUCAUGGAGGAGUAUGACUGGGGCGAGUUUGCAGUGAUCACCAGCAUGCUGCCGGGCUACGACACCUUUGUGGAUAUAGUUCAGUCCUACACAGAUACCUCCUAUUUCCUGUGGAAUCUACAGGAUAUCCUGUCUCUGGAAAUGUCUGUUGGGGCCAAUGAUGUGAAAACCAAACGCAUGCUGCAGCAGGUGGACUCCCGGGUCCUGCUGGCGUAUUGCUCCUACGAGGAGGCGCAGUACCUGUUUAGUCAGGCAGCUGAGGUGGGUCUGCUGGGGCCAGGCUACAUCUGGAUCCUCCCCAGUCAGGCCGUGGGCAACCCCGACAGCCCUCCACCUGUCAGCUUCCCCGUCGGUGUUAUUGGUGUGAUCACGGAGCAGUGGAGGAAGAGCUUGCGGCAGAGGGUGAGGGAGGGCGUCGCCAUCGUAGCUAAAGGGGCCGAGAGCUUCAAGAAGCAGUACGGGUUUAUUCCUGAGGGACAUGGCGACUGCACCAAACUGGCUAAACACUCAGACAACAACACUCUGUUCAGGCACAUGCUGAAUGUGACGUGGGAAAGGAGAGAUCUGUCAUUCAACAGCCAAGGCUUCCUCUCCAACCCUGCCUUGGUCAUCAUCGCUCUGGACCGAGAGAGACUCUGGGACAAGGUGGGUACGUACGCUCGAGGGAUCAUUCAGGUUCGCUACCCCGUCUGGCCUCGAUACGGCAGCUUCCUGGAGCAGGUUUCCGAUGACCGUCACCUGACCGUGGCCACGCUGGAGGAGCAUCCCUUCGUCAUGGUGGAGAACGUGGACCCGGGCACAGGCACAUGUGUCCGCAACACGGUUCCCUGCAGGCGCCAGUCCAAUCUCACAGACGGUAUUAUCGGCCACUCUGAGUCCUACACCAAACUGUGCUGUAAGGGCUUCUGCAUAGACAUCCUGAAGAAACUGUCCCGCACUAUCAAGUUCUCCUACGACCUCUACCUGGUCACCAACGGGAAACAUGGCAAGCUGGUCCGUGGGACUUGGAACGGCAUGAUUGGGGAGGUCGUGUACCGACGAGCUGACAUGGCCAUUGGCUCUCUCACUAUCAAUGAGGAACGCUCGGAAAUCAUCGACUUCUCCGUGCCGUUUGUUGAGACAGGCAUCAGCGUCAUGGUAGCCCGCAGCAACGGGACGGUUUCCCCAUCUGCCUUUCUUGAGCCCUACAGCCCAGCAGUUUGGGUCAUGAUGUUUGUGAUGUGCCUCACUGUGGUGGCGGUGACAGUUUUUGUGUUUGAAUACUUCAGUCCAGUCGGCUACAACCGCAGUCUAGUCAGCGCCAAAGCUCCUGGUGGUCCGACGUUCACCAUCGGGAAGUCGGUGUGGCUGCUGUGGGGCAUUGUCUUCAACAACUCGGUCCCCAUUGAAAACCCCAAAGGAACGACCAGUAAGAUCAUGGUCCUGGUCUGGGCCUUCUUUGCUGUCAUCUUCCUGGCCUCAUACACUGCCAACCUGGCUGCCUUCAUGAUUCAGGAGCAAUAUAUCGACACCGUGUCCGGGCUCUCUGACAAGAAGUUCCAGAAACCACAGGAGCAUUACCCUCCUUUCCGCUUCGGGACGGUCCCAAACGGGAGCACGGAGAGGAACAUCCGCAGCAACUACCCCGACAUGCACACACACAUGAUGAAGUACAACCAGAAGGGGGUGGAAGAAGCUCUAGAAAGCCUCAAAACCGGAAAGCUGGACGCCUUCAUCUACGACGCUGCUGUUUUGAACUACAUGGCGGGGAAGGAUGAGGGCUGCAAGCUGGUGACCAUCGGCAGCGGGAAAGUGUUUGCCACCACGGGAUACGGCAUCGCUCUGCAGAAGGACUCCCGCUGGAAACGGCCUAUUGACCUGGCGCUGCUGCAGUUCUUAGGAGACGGUGACACCCAGCGCUUGGAGACGGUGUGGCUGUCGGGCAUCUGCCAGAACGAGAAGAACGAAGUGAUGAGCAGUAAGCUGGACAUCGACAACAUGGCGGGCGUCUUCUACAUGCUGCUGGUGGCCAUGGGCCUCAGCUUGCUGGUCUUUGCCUGGGAACACCUGCUUUACUGGAAACUACGACACUCCCUCCGCAAGUCUCACAAACUUGACUUCCUGCUGGCCAUCAGUAGGGGUAUUUACAGUUGUUUCAACGGCGUGGAGGAUCCUGGGCGUUCCUCUGGUUUGGCCAAACCCGACCUGACCUCCAACUACGCUCAAGCUAACAUGCUGAAGAUGCUUCGCACUGCCAAGGACCUGGUCUCCACCGCCAAUGUUGAGACCUCUCUGGACAACGCCACCAAGACCAUAGAGCAUUUGAGUCGUCAUGGCGGCAGUUUGCCUGUUCGUAUCCCGCAAGUUGCCACGGAGGCCGUACCGGGAGGAUUUGCUUACAUUACGGAGAAUCACUGCUCGCUGACCCCGCCUCUGACUGCUGUUACUUCUCUGAAACAGCAGAGGGGUGUGACCAGGCCCACGCCACUGCGCUACACGCUCCCGACACGCUCCACUUCAUGUCUGUAUGACAGGCCACUUCCUGUGUCCAGCCUCAGCAGCCCCCAUCUGGCCGUGGGCGAACCGCUCCCUCAUCAGCACCCACACCACUACCAGACGACUGGGAGACUUUACGUAGACACCCAUCCUCACUCACCCUUCAUCCCCUACACUGACCUCCAACUACCUGACAUCUACACCUCUCACCCGCUCUCCUCGCCUCAAAACCAGCACCUCCAAGCGGGCUUCUCCCGACGGAAAAGGAGGUCCAAGAGCUUCCAGUGUGAGGAUGGGGACGUAGGGAGAACACAGAGGGAGCAGGAAAAGAAUGACACAAGUCCCGUCUAUAUGAGCGAGCUCAAAGCCAACCACCUCCAAGACAACCACAUCUCCGCCCCAAGCGUUGACAACAUCUACACAGGGGAGGGGAUGUGUCCUCGGGUGGAGAACUACAGCUCCUGGCCCCCAGAGGAUCUGGUGCUGAGAGGGAGACGCAGGCACCGCCGCCCCUCUUUCCUUAAAGCGACAUGGGGCAGCGAGCAGAUGCGCCAGCUCGACGAAUCCCAGUCAUCCCUGUCCAGCCAAUCACCUUCCACCCUGCCGGACUUGUUCCCAUGCAUUCUUACACCGACCACACCCGCAAAGCCCCACAACCCCGCCCACCUUCGAAACAACCUGUGCCUCCCGCGGAACCAGGCCUACCUCCACAUACGGGAGGACCAGAGGAGGCCCAAUGGGCGUAAGGGCCAGAGGCUGCGCUACUCCCACUCCACCCACCUCCCCACGUACGGAGAAGCAGUGCGACACGGGGCUGGGUUAGGGCGGGGGAUGGUACGCAGAGCCACCAGCUUGCUCAGCAGACAGUACGCCCACUACCUGAACUCAUACCCUGGACUACCCCUCUACCACGGCCCCCUGGACCUGCAGCACCACAGCCAGGCCUCCAGCGGCCACCCGAGCCCAGUGUGCCAGCUGCUGGCUUGUGGUGGCGGGAGAUGUGGAGGCCAGCGGGCUCUGCUGUACCAGGACAGUGUGUAUGGGGCCUAUGGGGUCUAUCAGGGAUCCCAGACUGGUUCAGAGGCCCUGGGAGGUCAGGGAGCAGGGGGCCAGCCUGUGGGGAGCCCCUGCGUACUCCGUCCCUGGCGACGGGUGUCCAGUCUGGAGUCUGAGGUGUGAUGGGAGAAGGACCUCCUAAGAUGGACGCUGUGGAGUAACAGAGACUCUUUCACAUGACCACUGUGGAGAGGAGGGAGUGGUUAGAUUAACGUACAAGGGAGAAACCAUGACUUGAAGUAAUCGUUUAUUUUCUAUGUGACUGUGGUAAAAGAUAGAAGUUUGGGUCUGCAAAACGUACAGAUGUUUAGGACUUUUUUGAUGUAUACUACAGUAAGAUAAGAAGACUGCACUGUUACCAAGUUAUCCUCGAGACACGUGCGGAAGGCUGGGGUGGGCAGGUUUUACUCACUUGCUACUUUCCUACGACAGCGCUUGUGUGUUUUCUGUGCUUUAAUGUGCACUAAGAUUUACAACAGUCCACAGUGUUGGCGCAUGGUUAAACUAUAACCAGAGUUUUCAUGCUGUGUGUGUGUGUUGUGUAUAUUUUAUCGUGGAUGGUUGGGAUUCAGUCAUGGGCGUAGUCGAGUUGAUGAACUGUUUACAGCUGAGGAGAAGUAGCGGAGGGAUAAGGUAUUGUCUCUUUAAAUACAGCCACCAAAAAAACAAGCAGCCACUGUAGCAAGACUUGUGAAGACAGCUGUGGCGACGUCAUGAAGAGUUUAAUUCCAAAAUUCAGUAUUAAAGCAUUUUGAAUCCAGACCAUGAAGAAUAUUUUUCACCGGUUACUUAUGUCGGUCAAUGGGUAAAUUUUGCUUCUCUUCAGUUUACUGCACUAUGCAUCACCCUGGAGAGAGAACACUGGCUCAAAGUGCCGUCAGGUCUCCACUGUGAUGCAGUUUGGAUUGGAACUGGAAUGGGUGGGAGCUAGCAGUACCGCUCAUUCUGCGCUUACCGCUAGUAACGCCGUUCUGACCCAGCAGUGUUGCCCUGGAAACAUUUUGCCCACCAUCCAGUCUCCCCCAGGGUAAUCCCAGUAAGUAAGUAGCUAAGUUAACCCUUUGCUAAGCCCCGCCCCUUUGUGAUGAUCUGUUAAGUUGCCAGAGUGAGCAAAGAGCCAACACUGUCACUAACUGCACUCCCUGAAGAAAUAUGAUCAUAUUUUUGGAAAAAUGAAAGAGUGAUUCCAGAGAGAAGCAGACAGAGGGGUCUACAGUCUGUGUUUGAAGGAUAUAUCCAGGAUGUCAAACUGACUCAGCAGCAACAACAAGAUAAAAACUGAAACUGUUACUAAAGUCUAACCUUCAGAUCACAGUGUAAAAAUGAACCACCACAGCACUGGUGAUGGAGACAGGAAACAGUGAAAUUACAGGGAAACUUUGCUGAUUUUCAACCAGCUAUGUGUCAUUGCAGUGUGUGCAGAUGAACAAUGUUUGGCUUCCCUUGCGGGCACACACUGCAAUGACACAAAGUUUCCCUGCUUCCCUUCACUGGUUCCUGUACAGCAG